GUGAAGAAGCGUCAGCAGGCCAUCGUGGGCUUUCUGGAAUCCAACCGGAUCAAUUUCGAAGAGGUCGAUAUCACCAUGCUUGAGGAUCGGAGGCUGUGGAUGUACCAGAACAUUCCUGAAGAGAAGCGACCUGAAAAGGGCAAUCCUCUGCCACCUCAGAUAUUUAACGGAGACGACUACUGUGGUGACUAUGAAGAUUUCUUCCAGUCUAAAGAAACCAACACAGUGCUCUCAUUUCUUCGACUGAACACACCACCAUCUGACUAUGAAUCCUAGAUUGGGUAAAUUAUAUUUUACCUAUUGAAAUACUGUGGUAUCGCCUCGUCUCCUGUGAUCUGCUCUUCCUCUGGUCUGGAGCCCUCACUGCCUGAAAUGCUUUUGCCAAACACAUGCUGCCCCCCCGGCCCAGCUAUUCCUAAGAAACGUUUACUCUUACAAACACACGCACACAUAUGCAGGGUUACAAAUGUUUCCUAGUGAAUUAUUUAUGUGUUUCUGUUUUAUUUCUCAUAAUUGUGUUGCAUGAAAGUCCUGAUGCACAAUUCAUAACACGAUACAAUGAUGAACGUGAACUUAUACUGUAUGUUUCUGUGUCUGUGUGCAUGAGCAUUCAUAGUCAUUUCAUAAAGAGCAUUUGUAGAUGAUGCUUGGAAAGGAUCUACACUGCAAAAAUUACUUUCUUACUUAGUAUUUUUGCCUUGUUUUCAGUAAAAAUAUCUAGAAAUUCUUAAAUUAAGAUGUAUUUUCUUGAUGAGCAAAAUGACCUAGAAUAGUUCUAGUUUUUAGACAAAAAAUAUCAACUUUAAGCAAAAAAAUCUGCCAAUGGAAUAAGAAAAAUUUUCUUGAAUUAAGUGUUUAUGAAAAAAGUAAACUUAUUUCAAGAAAAUGUGUAUUAUUCCAUUGGGAGAUUUUUUUUGUUUGUUUUAAGCACUAAUUUACUUAAAGUUUAUAUUUUUGUCUAAAAACUAGACUUAUUUUUCUAGGUCAUUUUGCUCAUCAAGAAAAUACAUCUUAAUUUAAGAAUUUUUAGAUAUUUUUACUGAAAACAAGACAAAAAUACAAAUUUACAAAUUUAAGGGAUUUUGUGCAUAAAACAAGCAAAAAAAUGUGAAAAUUUUUCUUAAACACUAAAUUCAAGAAAAAUUCAAGAAAAAUUUGCUUACCCCAUUGGCAGAUUUUUUUGCUUGUUUUAUGCACAAAUCACUUAAAUUUGAUAUUUUUGAUCUAAAAACUAGACUUAUUUUCUUAGGUCAUUUUGCUCAUCAAGAAAAAGCAUCUUAAUUUAAGAAUUUUUAGAUAUUUUUACUGAAAACAAGACAAAAAUACUAAGUAAGAAAGGCAUUUUUUGCAGUGUAAGUGUGAUAUUGAUGGACUUAUAUCCUAUAUGUAGCUGAUAUUAAGACAUGCACUGUUGUAACUUGCACAGAAAGAAUCAGAACACGGCAAAAAAAUGAUUUUCAAGAAAAAAAUUCUUAGUAUUUUUGUCUUGUUUUCAGUACAAGUAUCUAAAAAUUCUUAAAUUAAGAUGCUAUUUCUUGAUAAGCAAAACGACCCAAGAAAAUAAGUCUAGUUCUAGAUCAAAAAAUCAAAUUUAAGUGAUUUUGUGCAUAAAACAAGCAAAAAAAAUUGAAAAUUUUUCUUAAACACUAAAUUCAAGAAAAAUUCAAGAAAAAUUUGCUUACCCCAUUGGCAGAUUUUUUUGCUUGUUUUAUGCACAAAUCACUUAAAUUUGAUAUUUUUGAUCUAAAAACUAGACUUAUUUUCUUAGGUCAUUGUGCUCAUCAAGAAAAAGCAUCUUAAUUUAAGAAUUUUUAGAUAAACAUUUUCUGAAAACAAGACAAAAAUACUAAGAUUUUUUUUCUUGAAAAUCAUUUUUUGCAGUGUAGGCUAUGCAAAGUUGUAUGUAUGUGUGUAUCACAAGCUGUGUUGUUGUUGUUGUUGUGUGUGUGUGGGUUGUUGUGAAAGUGACGUUCUUGUCAAGGAGCUCAAAUAGAUAAGGAAAUCUAGGGAAAGUUUAGCGUUGUCCAUUCAUCAAACUUUGACAUUAGCUAAAAAUGAAGGAGUUCAGAUGGGAAGCCAAAACUCGGGCUCAAAACAGGAAAUAGCAUCCUUAAUAUCUCAGCAUAACUGAUCCAAGCUCAGUGUUUUCUCUGCCUAACUUGACUUUCAGUGCUUUAAUUCAAGAAUAGUAACCCUGUUAUGCUUUAUGAUUUCGGCUUUUAUUUCUGAAACGGUUGCCAGCCUUUAUUCCUUUUCUAAAACAAAAAUACAAAGAACUCAUAUUUUGUAAGAGGAAUAUCUAAAUCUCUGUUUGUCAAUGUGUUUGAUUUCUUCUCAGGGUUAUGAUAGCAUUCAGCAUGUAGCACCAAGCACACCAAUGCCUCAACUUCAUAUAUACAGUAGCAACAUUAAAGUCACACAACUGUAGAAAAUAAGUUUACACAAAAAGUUAGUUUUUUAUGUUUACACAUAAACAUUUUUUUCAUGUCUUUCUACCAUUUAUUAUAAUAAUCCCUCUCACACAUUCAUUAAAUGAUUUUACAUGAAUGAGCACUGUGUUUAUGUUCACAAGCACAUACAUUCCUUUUUAACCAGCGUAUAUUGAUGUACAUAUGAAGUUGUUCAAUUUCACAAUGUAAAUGUAUAAAUAAAACAAAUCUAAUUUGUGAUAAAGUA